AUGUCGAUAUCUUCCAUGCUGGGCUCGGAUGCAGACCGGCCAUCCCGCGAUCCGCCAUCAUCCUCCAUCUUUUCGCGUCCAUCCAUGUCGUCCUCUCCCUUUGCAUCCGCACACCCCCCUGCUGGCGCUGCGGGAGCCAUGUCCCCGCCCACCGCUCCCGCGCGGCCGGCGUCUUCCCUGGAUCAAUCUCUAUUCAGACGAUCGCAGACUCCCGAUAAGCUGUAUUCCAAGAAUAAUCAGCCUCGCCAGUCGAGGUCGGGGUCCGGGAGUGGGGCUUCGCAGCCGCCGCCGCCGCCCGAGGCUUCGAAAUUCGGUCCCUCGCGUGGCCCCCAGCCUUUCUCUCAGUAUUCCGACAAACCCUCAACCUCGCUGACGUCUCCCCCGGUUACUUCCGCCGAGUCUGGUUACAAUCAAUCUCCACGACUUGGCCUAAGUGGCCCCACCCCGAGGCCCAGCAGCCAGCCUCAGCAAGAGGAGGCGCGAGGUCCGGGAUUCAGUCCUCGAUCGCGGGCAUCCGGCGAGGGACCAUCGAGCAAUACCCAACGGCAAACAUCUUACCCUGAAGCACAGCGAUACAACGGUCUGUACUCAGAUAGAGCGAGAGAAGAGCAGGCGGCGCGCGAGCGGGAGAGAGGCGCCGGGCACGAGCCCGACACCAAAGCGCCCGGAGGCCCGUUGCACGGGCGAUACGGAUCCCAUUUUGGUGAUCGAGAAGCAGAACGACCGCAGAAUGCACCGCCAUGGGAUCCGGGACGGAGCUCACCCGAAUCUCGACGGUUCCCGGCUUCUUCUGAGCCUGGUUCCGGUUUCGGCUUUGGGGCCAUUCAGAGCUAUACCAAGUCCCUGGGAUCCCAGCUGGGAGCCUCUCGACCGCCCCCUCCGCCGCCGCCGGCCGCACCAUCACAGCACCACAGUAGUGGUGUCUCGAUCCAGCCGCGACAGGGCCAACCGACGCCGCCACCCAGCGAGCAACCGUACCUUAGCAAACUCCAAACUCAGCCCCGGAUCUUCUCUGCGACAUCGGCCCCGUCAGGAAGCCAGCCGUCCGCAUUGGGUGGAUCUACGGCGACAACUGAGGAACAGCGCCGGAAGGGCAGUGAUGAUCUGAUGCAGCAUCGGAGUCUCCUGGGACUUGGGGUCGAUGGCAAGCGGGCCGGCCGAGCUUCCCCUCUCCCGCAAGCGGUCCAGGGCGCCCAAGCCCAGCUCAUCGGACCGGCCGGCGAGGCCGGCAUCAAAGGAGAAUUGGGCCGCGUCUUCGCGGGCAUUGGCAGCGGCGUAGGCACGAGCACUUCUGGAACGGUGGGUAGCGGACCUUCCACGCCCAUGACCGCCAGCCCAUUCAAGCGGGAUAGUGUCGCGGCUCGAUCGGACACCACCGAUGAUGGAAGGGCCGGUCGCGGCGUGAUAGUAGGGCCCGGAAGGAAAAGAAGUGUGAAGGAGGAGGAGGCUCAGGGUGAAAACGGUGACCAGACCGCCGACCUCCGGGGUGCUGCUGUGUCUGCUCGAGGGGGUGCCCGACGGGGCCGACAUGUCCAUCAUCACCAUCACCAUCACCACCAUCAUCGACACAAGACCGACGAGGAGGCAUCCCGUACCCCGUCGUCCUCGUUAAAUCUCUACGGAAGAACGGGCACGCCUACGGAGGCAGCAGCCGGUGCCGGCUCCAGCGCCGGAACAGCGCACCACCACCAUCACCAUCACCAUCAUCACCACCUCCCACGGCCAGCAUCCUCCGCUGUCAGCGCUACUCCGGCACCAGCGCCUCCGCGUGAGCCGCAGACGAUCGUUAAUCUGGAGCCGCUGCUGAAGAGCGUCGCACACCUUCCCCGGCACCAUUUGGGGUCGACUCUCUACGCGCCACGCAUCGGGGUGCCCACUCCCAAUGCGCCGCUGGAAAGCCAGAAGUUCGGUUACACCACUACGCCGGUUCCGAUCCCGCGUUUUGAAGGGAAAGAGAACUGUACGUUUACGGUCCGUGUGCCGCGCUUCCGCAUCGACGCGAGCCACCGGGAAGAAAUCUGUGCUCGCCGGGCACUCUGGGGAACCGGGGUGUACACGGAUGACUCGGAUCCGGUGGCGGCGGCGAUCCACUCGGGAUUCAUCCGGGGUGAAUGGGGAGAAGAUGUAGACAUCUCGAUGCUGGAUCUGGAGAUCAAGGAUACCUAUCAGCAUGCGCCGAAGAUUCCUCCCGAUGCGCCGCAGGAGGCGCGGAUCCCGCCAGUGCCGCCCCCGGACAAGGACCUGCAUAUCACGCUCCUGAUCCUGCCGCGCCUGGAACGGUACGAGUCGUCAGUGAUGUUUGGGCUCAAGUCGCGGGCGUGGGAUGGCACGCACGACGGCAUGAGCUUCAAGGUGGAGCGGAUCGAGUGGGUGAACGAAGGGUCGACGCGGGGCGAGGAGCGCAGCGGAGAGGCGCGGCGGAAGCGGCUGCGCAACAUGAUGCGCACCGGGCGUAUCUGCACAGGGCCCAACCUGCUGCGACUCCGCGGGGGUCCUACGAGGCUCAGCAACAGCGAGGGCGUGGCGACGACGACGACCGCGACGACCUCGGCGCCGGUCGAGUCCGUUUCUUGA